AUGAUACUGCGUAACUUGUUUUCCGUGCUCCUCUUUUUAAUCCAGCAUAGUUCUUGGGUUUCAGCCGACUUAACUGUCUCUAAGCCCGAAGCUGGCUCAGAGUAUUUUGUUUCUGCGGAUUCGGCAUCCUUAGACAUUGAAUGGAGGGACGCUGGCAUGUUACCUGAUUUGAGCUCAAUAACACAAUAUGUGUUCACAUUGUGUUCGGGUCCCAACAAGAAGAUAGAAGCAGUCGCUACGCUGGCAACAGUUUCUGCCAGCGAGGUCAAGGACAACAAAUACACUGUAAUCGUCGACGCACAAGCAGGCUCCAGUGGAACUUAUUUCGUUCAGGUCGUUGCUGUCUCUCCAAAAUGGAUCACUAUUCAUUAUUCGGACAGAUUCACCAUAACCGGUAUGCAAGGUAACAAAGCCGCACCUCGCGUCAACGAACCACAAGCUCCGAUGGCAGAAACAAUGAAAUUGGGGCCAGAUGGACCUCCACCUCCAAUAGAUUCUGCGUCUUUUCUUAUUCCAUAUUGCUCACAAACCGGAUAUACUCGAUUUGCGCCCAUGCAAACGCAACCAGGACCAACUGUCACGGCGACAGCGUGGACCAGACAAAACCCGACCAGCAGUUGUAGUUUCUAUCGCACUAACACAAAUCAAGGUAAGUGGCUUACCACGAUAACAGCAGGCUGGGACUAUACAGUCAAAAGUUGUAUCAACGAGGCACGUCCUCGACCAAUGCCCGCUGAAAAUGGUGGAUGGUACAACCGCGCAGAUAAGAUGACUCUGACAACUAGAAAAGUCAACAGAUACGUACAUUGA